AUGGCACUCACUCAGUCCCUAGCCACCCGCCUGAUCCCCACGCCUGCAGCCCUGUCUUCCAAAGACUGUCAACUUGUCUCCCAUUCUCGCGUCAUCUCCGCUCCGCAAGCUGUCUCCCGGAUCUGUGCGUCUCUCGACUCGCAAGCCCCAAGGACUCCGCCAACUCGGCCGUCAAACGCGGAACCCUCCACGCGCACGAAUGCAGCCGCUGCUGCAGCUCCGCUGACGCCGUUUAACGACGCGUCUAACGUCCCGCGCAUUUGCACGUUAGUCGAUUUCACGGAUCGACCUCUGCCGUACGAUUUCCGGCCGUCCGUUUCCCCACUCCCCACUGGAUUGGGGAACGCGUUACUAGGUACCAGUGCGGCGCCAUCGCAGCAGCCCCGCGCGCGUGUGCCUGCGGGGCAGGUUGAUGCCCUGGGAUCUGCGGGGAACUUCCUCGUUGCGGCGGCUUCCGCAGUGUCAGCUUUCGUAAAGGACAUUGAGACAUUGACGGGCCGCCUAGCCAUGAUGUCGUGCGCAGCCGCGCUCGCCGCGCAGGUGCUUAUCGGCGGCCAGGGCCUCGUCGAUUAA